CAUCGGCCCGCUCCGGACUUCAGUCCAUGUCGAGAACGCGGCACCGCCGGGACCCUAAGGACCCUUCGAUAUUCACGAAUCCUUGGACCUUGCGAGCUAGUGGUAUCGAGACAAAGCUGUUCGUUCGAAAGCCACAGCCACGUUUCAAUCAAAUCGUCGACCGAUCGAGCGUAUUUUUCAAAUAAAUCCGACACCGCACUCCUGUCAGUGGGAAACUGAUCUCGCUCCACUGGAGGACUGGUAUCCUCUAUGGUACCUGAAACCUGAGCCUUCUUCCUCGAUCGAGCAUAUUAUGCUACCAACGAAACAAAGAAUCUCGACCACCUCUCAAUAAGCAUUUCUAAAGCGUUGAGAUCUGUUUACGUAUAAUACGUGGUGGACGUAUAAUACGAAAAAAACGAAGCUUCCGAUACUUUCGAAUUCAUUCGUCAUUUUGGCCAAGAACCCGUGUCCCGAAGGAUCAGCGAUCAGCUGUCCGAUUUUGACGGAUGUUUUAAGGGGUUGUCAGAAUAUAAAAUUAGAUAGUUGAAUUUGAUGCGGAUAGAAGUAAAUCGCCUAAAGCGUGAUCUUUGAGCAAGCGACAGUUGGAAGGGAAGAGGAGCCACGAGGGCUCGCGAGGAGACUGAAGAAGAGAGAUUUCCCGCAAGACUGCCGGGGGUUGUUGCCCAGCCCCGGAGAAGCGGACAUCAGGCCCGGAUGUUCGCAAGGACGAGACGCCGAAAGCGCUGCCAUGCUACAAGGGAAACUUUUCACGGCCGUCAACAAAUUCCUUACGACAUCCCCUUUGGUUAACAAAAUCAAGUUGCUGAUUACGAGACAGAGCAGCGGGACGGUAGCGAACAGCGAGGGACAAGAAGGAACGACGAGCAGCUGUUCACCGAGGACGUCGGCGGCUACGAUAACGAUGACGAUGACGACCACACCGACAACGUCGACGUCGACGUCGACAAUGACAGUCGCGUCAAUGGCGAUGCCAUUUGUGCCCGUGGAAUCAGAAGCAUCGAUAUCGUCCAGCGCGACAGACCAACGGCAGCAAUGUCGUUGGCAAUGGCAACAGGCCCCACAGCCCCAUUCGGCGACUUGCCCGAUCACGGCCACGUCGUCCUCCACAUAUUUGUCGGCCUCGUCGUCCACGGAGGCCACCAAGCUGUCAACGAACGUUCUCUUUUCCUUGCCCGCGUCUCCAAAGAGAUCAGCCCCUGAAUCGUCCAGCAAGACGCCUACUAUAUCGAAAUCUCAAAUGAAAGAGUUCAGGGAAGCUUUCAGACUAUUCGACAAGGACGGAGACGGAAGCAUCACCAAGGAGGAACUCGGCAGGGUGAUGCGCUCGCUCGGACAGUUCGCGAGGGCUGAGGAACUACGCACGAUGCUACAGGAAAUUGAUAUCGACGGAGAUGGAAAUGUCAGCUUCGAAGAGUUCGUGGAAAUCGUGAGCAACAUAGGUGCGAGCGAAACCGCUCCUACCGAUCAGGAUCAGGAAGAGCAGGAGCUGAGGGAUGCGUUUCGGGUGUUCGACAAACACAAUCGAGGAUAUAUCACCGCCUCCGACCUGAGAGCCGUGCUGCAGUGCCUCGGCGAGGAUUUGUCCGAAGAAGAGAUCGAAGACAUGAUCAAGGAAGUGGACGUGGACGGAGACGGCCGGAUCGAUUUCUAUGAAUUCGCUCAUGCGCUCGGAGAGCCUGGAAUCGACGACGACGAGGAGGACGAGGAGGAGGAGGUGCUGUCCCCGGGCUACUAGGAUUUUAUCUAUUCUCGUGUCUGUAUUAGAUAGAACGAAUUAACAUCAAGCCAACAUCAACGGACAAUCGUGUUCGUCGCACACUUUUUUCCCCUCUGACAUUCACCUCGUUGCAUGUAUCGCGAACAUCUCGUGUCGAAAUUCGGCCUGAUGUGCAUCGAACGAAAAUGAUAUGCUCGUAAUGUCCGAGCCUUCUGCUUGCGUCUGUUAAAUCUUUGAGCGAAGAAAAAGUCGAGCGUAGAAUGUAAGGAAAGUCGCGGAUAAUGUUUAAAUCGCCGCCGACGCGGAAGAUAGUUGCGUUUCGGACCGACAGAGUGCGCCACUCUCUGACCAGAGUUCACGGCGCCACUUUGAACUUGGCUUAAUCGUAACGCUCGUUAUCUUCGGCCAAUGUCAGAGGACCUUUACGACAAGCUCUAAUCUCAUCUGCCACAAGAUUCGUAGAUACGUCUGGUGUGAUUUUACGUUACCCAUAUCCGAACAGCCUCAACGAUACAUCGAUCGAGUCUAUAUGUUCUUUUAUCAAUUCGCAGCAACGAGUAUCGAUUUAUUAUAGCAACACGCGAAGGAACGAUUUUCUUUUCCCCAUCCCAUCCUCUUUAAUUGCAACGGUACAGUCGAUCGUUAAAGAAAGAAAAUCUACGUUGAUACACCAUCAGACGUCAUAGUGCUGAUAUUUUUAAGCGUCUUCGUAGCAAGCGGAAUGAACGACGCAGUGUGUAACGUGAACGCGAGAGAACCGGCUCGCGUUUCGUGUAACAUAAGGUCCCAGCAAGCGACGCGUCGUCUAACUUCCUUCGUUAACUGCGCUACAGUGUCUACCGAUAAAUCUCUGCGAAUUGCGAUUCGCGCGAAGCAAGACACGAGAGGUUGGUGGGAGAGACGGAGACACGAUCGCUAAUUAAACGAUCUUGUUGAUUAAAGAACGCAAGAAUCGUGCUCCAUCUCUCAGAUAAACGACGAUUUUCUCGACUAAUUAAACUCUAUUCGAGUCUCUUGAUGUCUCGAUCGCCUGUGUCACUGUAAAAGAAAGGCGAUCGGCUGAUAAUCGAUUUCUUCUCAUAAGAUAUAUGGAUUUUUCGAUUUUACUCUCUCUCUCGUCUAAUCUAAGUGAUGCACCGUAUUCUUCACCUAAAAUAACGUAAAAAUUAAGAAGAUCCAGCACCGCAAUAAACUCGAUAUGUUCGAGAUUGGGUUCUCCGUUACGAUGUCGCUAGAGAUCGAUCGACGGCGUUUGAUCGCAACAGCUAUUGGUAUCGCGUUCCCGCCAUUUUGGCGAACACGCGACGAAACACGUGGACGAGACGAGAACUCGCGCUUGCACUUUUCGAAAACUCUCAUUGGCGCGGGUCUCGAACGAUACCCACGAUCCGAUUCGUUCGCAGAACGUAGGGAGCGAGUCGAGACCGCGAGGGGGAACGGUUGAAUUGUGAAUUUUAAAUCGAUCUUGAUCGCUUCGCUCUCCUUGAGCUUCGUACUCUGUACCUUAUUAACGAUAUCUCACUGUUACGCCAAAUAACAAGAGCCGCACGCUGUUUCAAAUAUUUUAAAGGGUCUAAUAAAUCUACUAAACAAA